AAAUUAAUAGUCCGGUAUAAAUAAGACAGACGGAUACAGCUAAAAGACAGUUAAAGUUGAAAAUUCGAAGAGUUAGGACUAAAACCUAGUUACAAUAGAAAUAUAAUUGUUUACUAAAAUGAAAAUUAUUUCUGUGCUCUUUUUAGCCGUUUGUAUUGUAUCUGCUAUGGCUAUGCCAUCAAAGAUCUCAACAACGUAUAAUGAUAAUUAUCCGACUUUGAAAGCUGACUUUAAAAACAUGAAUCUGGACAAUAUAUACUUAAGGAUUCUUAUCGAUUUGGACAACAAGAUCCGACGAUGCUUCUUAUCGAACUCUUUCGAAAAUAUUUUGACCAUCAUGCAGAAUAGAUGCGUACCACCGAAAUGUGAUCUAAAAAAACUCUUGUGGUCCAUGUAUGCUACACAUGAAAAUAUGCCUUUUCUAGAUGAAGACAGUUGGAACAGCAACAAGAUUAAGAAAAAUUUUGAUGAAAUCGACAAAACUUCCGCCUCUUUCAGCACUUUGAACCAAUUGAUUUAAUGCUCUACAUUUCUAUACAUUUGAAGCAAGUAUAAUAAUAUAUUAUAUAUGUAUUCUUGGACCAUUUGAAUUUUUACAUAUGUUAGAUAUAUGCAAAUGUAAGACAAAAUACAUAAAUUUAUAAAACAUAUAAAUAUGUAUGUUUGUUCAAUGAUGCCUUUUGAAAAAAAAUGUGUAAAAGUAAUAUGAUAUGUAUUCAAUAAUAUAACGUUUUUGUUAUUAAAAUUAUCUAAUUUUUGAGUAUAUACCUAUGUCUACA